AUGACUAUCUUGGAGACUCUACCUGCAACAGCCCAGCUCUGCACUCCGUUUGGGUUUUUAAACGUCGGCGAAUGUGAAAACCUUCUCAUACUACAAGGCAAUGAGGUCUUUCAGUUUUCUUAUGAUCAUUGUAAAAUCACCAAGCAGACAGUCACCAAUCAUCUAAUGAUCACCACCAGGCCGGUGAUUAAGCUCAGAGAUAGCGCGUUGGAUUUCAUAAUCAGCUCGAAUUCGCUAGUGUUGGUUCGUGACACCCUUGUGAAGCCCAAAGAUGUGCCCUUUAAAAACAUUCAAAAACUGUUCAAAGUGUUGAAGUUCAUGGACGUGAUUGAAAGCCCCAAAAAUUACUAUAAACUAGUGUCGAUUCUACCUAGUUUCAACCUCAAUGGACCAGUGAUGCAGAUUCUUCCUCCAACGUUGCCAUCACAGGAAAACUUGGGUCUUUUCAUGCAGUUUCUUGGACUCACUAUAAGCCACAGCUGUAUUGUUGAAGAACAUCAGAUCAUCUUCAACAACCUCUCGAAGCUGAAAAGAGAUCAGCUAGAGGAGCUUUGUGACUCCUUGGAUAUCACUUACACCGUUGAAGAUGGGACAUUUCUAAUUGAGCAGCUGUGGUCCGAAUACUUGAUUGCUACGUUUAGCGCAACUUACUCCACAGCUGAAACUUGUCGAGACCAUUCAACCACCAACGAUGACGAGACAUACCAACAUUCAAAGCUUCAUAAGUUGGAAGAGCAGGAAAGACGAAUUUUCAGUAGCAUGAAAAAUGCAAAAUUAAGGGGCCAUGCAAAUGAAGAUGAAAAAACCCCUCAACCACUAUCAUCUUCUUCUAUUUCUGCCUCGAGUCAAGCAGGAAAUUUUUUCAACUUGUUCCACAACUCCUCGUCGGAUUCAGCAAUCGUUAUCGACUCUAGCGAUACCAGUGAAAUCACAGCAUCAAGACCUGGCGUUGUCACUGAAAAAAGCUUUUUCAACAGUGAGGGAGAAAAAGUCACUAUAAUCAGCAGCGAUUCCGAACUGGAGAAUGGUUCGUUUGCAAAGUUCAACCCUCGUAGCGACGAAGGCUAUUUUGGCGACCUUUCUGACGGGAACCGUGAAGUGGAAGAUCGCAAUCGCAAUACCAAAAAUUUUGGACUUCUUAGAGACGACGUUUCACUUUCAAGUGGAAGCGACAACUACCAAGUUGAAUCAGAUGAAGAGAGCGACGACGAAGUUGAAAUUGACGGGGGCUUUAUCCUGUUUAUAAACAGCACAGACACAGGUUACUAUGACACGUCAACAAACAGAGACCCCGAGAAGAACGGGACUGCAUUUAACACUGAUCAUAUUUUGGACGAGGAACCAAGCCAUCAAAAUCAUCCAGAAUCUGAAUCAAGCAAGUUUGCAGACAACAAGUCGUUUGUGCUCCCGCCGUGGUUCUUCCACUUGCGGCCCAUGAUUGCGCGUGAGCUCUUCAGAGGAAUGUCCGAAGGCGACGAGUUUGACCGCUCGUUGAGAUUGCUAAACUUGGAAUUGUUGGAAGAAAUAAGCGUGAUUAUGAUCAAUAGUGGGUUUGCUCCCCGGAUACGCCACACAAACAACAGAAGAGUUGCCGAAUAUGAACUUGUUUGCUCCUUGAGAUUCCCACCAUGUACCAAGGACGGCUACCCUGUUUAUAGAAAGCUGGAUUUGGGUAUUACAACCUAUAGUGGAGACCUCUUUGGAGUCCAGCUCAAGCGAAAAUUCUUUGUAGCUCGGUUCCCGUUACAAAACGAGCCAGGGUUCAGUAGACCGUUUAUAUUUCCAUGUCAAGCAAUCCUAGGUUAG